GUCUCACCCCACUCUCCCUCCCUCUCUGAUGCACAGACUCCCUCUCUGUUUCGACACAGCCUCUCAGGCUCACAAUUACAGCUCAUUACCCUAUCGGUGGCCUUGCCCUGAGUCACUGUGGGGAGGGACCCAGGGCUGCCCAGCCCUGUCCCCUUCGUCCAACCUACAUUAUAAAGAGUAGGGUGAGGGAGGAGGACUCUGGGAAGGCAGGGGAGUCUGGGAAAGGAGAGAGAAGGCUGCAUACCCAGAGGGAGGGAAGGAAGGACGAAAAGUCAGAGGGAGAAGGGAAGCGAGGAGGGCGCACAGAGGCAGAGAAAGGGCAACAAGAAGUAGACUUGGGUGGGAAGAAGGCAUCAGGGGGGAGAGGGGAAGCUGGCAGAGAUGAAGUUACUGAGCUCCCUACCCUGCCUCCUGCUGGCCCUGUGCCUGGGCAGCGGGAAGGCUGGCCCACUGCAAGGUGGAGCUGGAAUAAAUGUUGGGGAGGCCGUCGGACAUGGAGUGGGUGAUGCCCUUAGCCAGGGCCUUGGGCAGGCCCUUGGCCACGAGGGAGGAGGGGCAGCCCGUGAUGCUGCUGGCCAAGGGUUCAGAGAAGCAGCCGGCUCUGCAGCCAGGGAGGCCACAGACGCUUUGGGCCAUAAGAUUGGGGAGGCAGCCCAUGGUCUUGGAAAUGGUGGGAGCGAGGCUGCCAGACAGGUUGGGAAUGCCCUUCAACAUGGAGCAGAUGCUGCCCAUGGCUCCUGGCAGGGAAUGCCCGGCGGCCAUGGUGCUUGGGGAGCAUCUGGAGGCCACGGCGGCGGCGUAGGCGACAUAGGCAAUCUCGGAGGUUCAGGCACUCCCUGGGGCCAUGGAUUCCCUGGAAGCUCAUCAGGCAGCUUUGGAACUCAGGGAAGCUUUGGGGGUCCAGGAGGCAAUGGAGUGCCACCAAACACUGGGGCCAACGUUCAGGGAGCUGUGGCCCAGCCUGGUUAUGAUUCCAUGAGAGGCAGCGGCCAAAAUACCGGGUGCACCAACCCCCCACCAUCUGGCUCAGGAGGAAGCUCUAGCAACUCUGGGGGCAGCAGCGGCUCACAGUCGGGCAGCAGCGGCUCACAGUCGGGCAGCAGCGGCUCACAGUCAGGCAGCAACAGCGGCAGAGGUGACGACAGCUACAGCAGUUCUGGGACCAACUGGGACCAACCCUUAGAAAAUUCUAAUUAUUUUGAUCAAAGCAGCCACCCCAGCUCCCAGCAGGGAUCCAAUACCGGCUCUUCCUCCAGCGGCAGCAGCAGCGGAAACGGUAGUGGAAAUAAACCCGAGUGUGACAACCCAGGGAAUGCAGUCCGCCUGUCUGGAGGCUCCGGGGAUCAGGGAUUAAGCAGAGAGAGUGCUCACCUUCUUGGGGGCUCCCAAGGCAGUCAACAGGGGCAAGGGUUCCAUGGGGGCAGUGGAAGAGGUGACGCUGUCGGUGGAGUCAACACCGUGAACUCUGAGACGUCUUCCGGGCUGUUCAACUUCGAAAAUUUCUGGAAGAAUUUUAAAUCCAAGCUGGGUUUCAUUAACUGGGAUGCCAUAGACAAGAACAAAGUCCCCGCCCCCAGCACUCGAGCCCGCCUCUACUUCCACCGACUCUGGGAGGAAUUCAAAAGUAACACUCCUUUCUUCAACUGGAAGGCAAUUACUGAGGGUGCAGACCCAUCGCUACAGAAGAGGGCGGGUGGUGCCGAUCAGUUUUCUCAGCCUGGUGGAGAAAGGCAAGAUGCAGCAGUUUCUAAGAACCACGUUUAUGGCCAGCAGGCAUAUCCUACAGCCUAUAGUUGGCAGUACCCACCCAAGACCCCUGCUAAGGGAGGAGUGACGCCUUCUUCCUCGGCUUCCCGGGUGCAACCCAGCCUGCUGCACUGGAUGAAGUUCUGGUAGUUGUUCCAGUGACCACCAGCCUCCGGAUAAAGCCGCCACUUUCUGCCCACUCGGUCUUGAGACCCAAAGUCACUGUGACAGUUCAGGAGGAACUUCUAGUUCUAACCUUCUUUGUGAAAAAUAAAACAUGGAUCUUACUGAC